AUGUAUAUUAUUGGAGCCCUAUGUUUGGUAGCGGCAGCUGUUGCCUUACCAGUGCUUCCUGACCCUCCAACUUUACCGGAAUAUAUAGUGAAAGUUGAAGAGUAUAAACUACAUACAAAUUUGCCAAAAUCAGAAGGUGUUGAUGUGAAAGGAAAAGAGGAUCAAAAAGAUGAAAAUAAAGAAGACAAAGAACAGAAAGAAGACAAAGUAAAUAUUUUAGAAGCUAUACCAAGUCCUCCAGAAUUACCACCAAUGGAGUUAAUAUUUGAAAACAUAAAAAAUCAUGAGAACGUACUAAAGGAGAUUGAAGAUGUACCGAAGGCGGCUGAAAAAAUUGUAAGUGAAGCUGAAGACUCUAAGCAUAAAAAAGAGGAAACCAAGAAAGAAAACGAAGUAGAAAUUAAAGUUGAAGAUUCUAAUGAAAAACCUGUGGUAAAUUCAAGACCAACUAUUGUUAAGUGGAACCUUCCAACGCCUCCUUUUAUUAGCAAUAUAAUUUCAACUGUGCCGUCUUUCCCAACCUCAAUUCCAAAUUUGUCAAAUAUUGGUUGGCCUUUCAAAUUACCAUCUAUUUUCGGUCGGCCCAGAAUCAAUUACCCAGGUUACGUUGUUCUAGAACAAAUG